UAGUCAUUAUUUUUUUUUUUGAAUCGUGUCGAAAUGUGAUAACAAUAUGAAUUUGGCGGUUUUCGACUUUCAUUUUCAUAUCAAGAUCUAAGCUGAUAAUAUGAACACAAAACAACAGAAUUGUUAAUUAUUGUUAUUUGCAUCUAUGGUUAUUUGUCAAUAUUGUUAUUAUUGCAAUAGUGUUAAUGUUGUUAAAAAAUUUAAAUUCACACAGUUAUCUACCAAAACGGCUAAACCAAACCUUUUGUAUUAUUAUGUUUGUCAGUUCAUGUUCGUAUUAAUAUUAUUAUUGACUGUGAAAUUAAUAUAGAAUCUAUUUUAAUAUAAAUUUUGGUAUAUCUACCUACUUAUUGUAUAAAAUCUUGUGCAAUUUUAUUGUUCGUGAUUGAGUUUGACACGUAAUAGUUACAAUUUUGAAGAGCUAAAUUUCGUCUGCCAAAAAAAUCCAGUGAUAUUCAAAAUGUCCAUCGAUAACACUAAUUUAGAAGAGAUGGUUGAGAAAACACUAGAAUCCACUGGUGUCUUGUCUAAAAUGAGAGCCGAACUUCGAGCAAAUGUUUUUCAUGUUCUUGAAAAAGGUUCAUCAUUUCAGAAUAAAUUGUAUACAGACAAAAUUAAAGACUUUGUUUCUAAUAAUAAUGGAACAUUAUUGUUAUCUUUAGUUAAAGAUUUGUUUGAGUAUUUAGAACUAAAGUUUACAACAUCUGUAUUUGAUUCUGAAACUGGCGCUGCACAUCAAUAUCAAUACAAAGAUAAAGAUGAUAUUUUAGAAGAACUUUCUCUUUCAAAGGAUGAUAAAAGACCUUUAUUGUUACAAAUUCUUGAAACUUACCAGUCACAACAUAAAUCGACCAAUGAUGCGAUUAAGCAUAAUGCAACACAACAUAAUGGUGAAACACACGAUGGAUCUUCACUAGCUCAAAUAUUAAAAAAUAAUACAGAAACAAUAAAAUCAACACUUGAUAAUAAUAAAUCACCAAGGUUAUCACCAGUUAAAACAAAAUUAUUUGAAGAAAAUACAGAUUAUGAGAUUUAUGACAGUCAUGCACAUUUGGGUUCAUUGUCAUCAUCAAAUCUUAAUUUAUCUGAUAAUAUACAGUUAAAAGAUAUCGAAAGCUCUGAGAGUUUAAAUAGUUUAAGCAUAGAACAGUUAUCACCAAUUAAAAGACCACCUGCUACUGAUCAAAAUGAAAACACAGAUGAACAUUUUAACUCUGAUAUAAAAAGUGAUAAAAAUGAAUCUAGUUUGGAGGAUAUUGAAACUGAUGAAAAUCUUUCAUGUGGAAAUGACAGCCUACCGAGCACUGAUUUAUCUACUCAAAAUGGCAGCCCAGAAAAGAUAAGGACUCAUAACAUACAUCUUUGAAUAUUUCUUUGCAAAAUAACAAGAUUUUAGACUUCUGAUGUUUAUUUUUUACUUUUAUACAAUCAAAUUAUUUGUAGUAUUUAAAAAUUAAUUACAAAUGUAAAUAAACAAUUAACAGUACGAAUGACAGAAAACUAUAGCUACAAGUAACACUCA